AUGGGUAUUCUUGAGAAAAUUGCCGAUAUCGAAAGAGAAAUUGCACGAACACAAAAGAAUAAGGCUACUGAGUACCAUUUGGGUUUAUUGAAAGCGAAAUUAGCGAAAUUUCGGCAAGCCUUGAUGGAAGGCGAUAGUAAAAGCGGUGCUGGCAAGGGUGAAGGUUUUGAUGUUGUCAAAUCAGGUGAUGCACGUAUUGCUCUUAUCGGUUUUCCAUCAGUUGGUAAAAGUACUUUGUUAAGUACAAUCACUCGUACAGAAUCAUCAGCUGCUUCAUAUGAAUUUACUACUUUAACAUGUAUUCCUGGUGUUAUCGAAUACAAUGGUGCAGAGAUUCAAUUACUCGAUCUGCCCGGUAUUAUCGAAGGAGCUGCUCAAGGAAAAGGUCGAGGUCGGCAAGUUAUCGCCGUUGCACGUACUGCUGACAUGGUUUUGAUGAUGUUAGACGCCACCAAAGGUGACAGACAGAGAGAAAUUCUCGAAGAAGAACUUGAAAGUAUUGUUCCGAAAAAAACCGGUGGAAUUAACAUAACUAGUACAAUGCCGAUGACAAAAUGUUCAGAAAAGAUGAUCCAUCUUAUUCUUCAUGAGUACAAAAUCUUCAAUGCUCAAGUUCUCUUUCGUGAUGAUUACACAAGUGAUGAAUUUAUUGAUGUUGUCGUAGGAAAACGUGUGUACAUGCCAUGUCUCUAUGUUUACAAUAAAAUCGAUCAAGUGUCGAUUGAAGAAGUUGACAGACUUGCUCAUUUACCAAACUCAGUAGUAAUCAGUUGUAAUAUGAAAUUGAACAUCGACUAUAUGCUGGAAAGCAUAUGGAAGCUUUUGAACUUGAUUUGUGUCUAUACGAAGAAACGUGGUGAAAAACCAGAUUUUGAAGGUGGUUUAAUCAUUAGAUCUAACACAAACGUUGAAUAUGUCUGUCGAAUGGUUCAUCGAACAAUGGUUGAUCAAUUCAAAUAUGCACUCGUUUGGGGAACAUCGGUGAAAUUUUCUCCUCAACGUGUUGGUCUUUCACAUGUUCUACAGAAUGAUGAUGUUAUUUGUUUGAUGACUGACGACGAACAUCGACCGCUGUUAGACGAAAGUGGUCGACAUCAUACUUACACAUCUUUGAAUGCGUAUAUUACAACAAAUGAUCGUCAGACAUGCACUGGUGCGAAUACAACAUUUGCGACAGGAGAAAAGCUAUUAUCCGGACGUUAUGAAUCACUUGAUUAUGAAUGUGAUGAAAGUGAAAUUUCCCAUAUGGAAGAAAAACGGCUAGGACAUCAGCAUCGGCGUCGUUUAGUUGUAGUAAAAUGGUUUGUCAUGUUGCUGAUUGGCGUAUGUACAGGAUUGGUAGCUGUAUUCGUCGAUGUUUCCGUUAAAAAUUUAACCAAAUUCAAAUUUAGUUAUGUACAAAAUAAAUUAGAUUCUUGUUUAUCCGAACAUUGCCUGUUUAAGCCGUAUUUAACUUGGAUCGGUAUUAAUGUGGCUUUCGUACUUGUUUCUAGUAUACUUGUUCUCUGGGAGCCAGCUGCACGCGGUUCAGGUAUUCCACAAGUGAAGUGUUAUCUGAAUGGCAUAGCUGUGCCACAUGUUCUUCGUUUGAAAACAUUGAUCGCUAAAGUAUUGGGUGUCAUCUUUGCGGUAUCCGGUGGACUAGCUGUGGGAAAAGAAGGACCUAUGAUUCAUUCAGGUGCAAUUGUGGCUGGAGGAAUUUCACAAGGCAAAAGUAGUUCGUUGAAAAUUGAUUUACAUAUUUUCAAAUAUUUUCGUACGGAUAAACAUAAACGAGAUUUUGUUUCCGCCGGUGCAGCAGCUGGUGUUGCUGCAGCGUUCGGUGCUCCUGUUGGCGGUGUUCUAUUUGCAUUAGAGGAAGGUGCUAGCUUUUUCAAUCAACAAUUAACAUGGUUUAUUUUCUUUGCAUCAAUGGUAUCAACAUUCACACUGAAUGUUGUUACGAGUGCAAUCGAUGGUCACUUUGGUGAUCUAUCCUCUCCUGGUCUCAUCAACUUUGGACUUUUCAAGGAUGUUCCAUAUAAAUGGGUCGAAUUACCAUUGUUUAUCGUUAUGGGUUUUAUGGGUGGUAUAUUUGGUGCUCUGUUCAAUCAAUUAAAUUUACGUCUAACGAAAUUUCGUCAUCAUUAUAUCAAUAAACGUUGGUUAUUAAUCACCGAAGUGUUACUAGUCGCAGCGACAACUGUCGUCGCUGCUUUCUUAUUAAUAUUCUUAACAAUGAAUGAGUGUCGACCUAUUAAGACACAAUUAGAAUUAAAUUCACCUACAAUACAAUUGUUCUGUCCCGAUGGACAUUAUAACACAAUGGCAACGAUUGUUUUCAGCACACCAGAACAAGCGGUGAGAAAUCUAUUUCACAGUGAAAUCGGAACGUAUAAAGCAUGGAGUUUAUUAGCAUUUUGCAUUGUUUACUUUUGUUUAACUUGUUGGACGUAUGGGAUAGUUGUUAGUUCUGGUUUGUUCAUUCCAAGUCUUUUGAUUGGCGCGUCAUGGGGUCGUUUAUUUGGUAUUGGUAUUCAUACAUUAUUUCCAUCAAUAUACUUCAAUCCUGGCAAGUAUGCACUAUUCGGAGCAGCAAGUCAACUCGGUGGAAUUAUGCGAAUGACCAUCAGUCUAGCGGUUAUAUUAAUCGAAGCUACCGGUGAUAUUGUCCUAGGUUUACCAAUUAUGAUUGUACUGACAGUUGCUAAACUAACCGGUGAUUAUUUCAAUGAAGGAUUCUUCGAUAUACAUAUCGCUUUACAAAGUGUACCGUUUCUCCCAUGGGAAUCCGAAGUAUUUUCAUCUCCACUCUCAGCUUUGAGCGUAAUGUCAACUCCGGUGAUGAAGUUCAAAACUGUUGAAAAAGUUGAUACCAUUUACCGCGUUCUACGCACAGAGACUCAUCACGGUUUUCCAGUUGUUGAUCAUCAUACUGAUGAAAGUAACGAUGAACGGGCUGGUACAUUUCAAGGCGUCGUACUGCGACAUCAAUUGAUCACAAUGUUACGCAAACGAAAUUUUAUUUCACUGAAUGAUUGCUUGCGAGAUUAUUUAACUAUGGAUGAUUUUCGUGAAAGUUAUCCACGUCAUCCGUCUAUCGAAAGUGUCUAUCUAACUGAUGAAGAACGGGAACUCUACUGUGAUCUACGACCAUACAUGUAUCUAGCAUAUACAGUUUCACACCACUCAACACUUCCGCGUAUAUUUUCCAUGUUCCGUAGUCUUGGUCUACGACAUUUGAUUGUCGUUAAUGAUAAGAACGAAGUUAUUGGUAUGAUCACACGAAAAGAUUUGGCACGAUUUCGCCUUACACAUACGAAAGGUCAUACUUCAAUUGAAGAACUCGAAAAAAUUGAUGAUUAUGCUGACGUAAAAAGGUAUCAUCUGCUGAUCGUAUCAGACCAUUAA